CCGCCCUCCGUCCGCCUGCUGCCGGUAGGAGGAGAGCCGACCAGGGCGCAGCGAGUCGCCGUACCUUGGGGGAUGUAACGUUUGCAGCAAUUUCGACGAGCCCAAAUGCCUCUUAAAAUUCUGAAAGUUUGUCUUCGGUGAGAGCAGGCGAUACAAAACAAAAACAAAAGCCCAACAUCGUGCGAAAGUGCGUCAGCCGCGGCAGAGAUUUCCAGCGGAGCCCGCCUGCUCGCCUGCCCGCCUGCCUGGGCUUUGUCGUCAGGCUGCCAAGUGCAUCCGCGUCGGCAUCCAAGCAAGAGGCAGCCCGGCCAAACGGAGACAUAGAGAGAGAGACAGAGACAGAGAGAGCGCCGGAGCCUCCUCCAGCGAGAAGUUCUUCAAAUAUCUCCCGUCGACAGCUGCUUUUGGACGGCUGCGGUGGCUGCUGAUGUCGAGAACUCUGCAUCGUGUGUGACAGGGGUAGAGGGCCAGAUCGUGAGUAAGCUGACAUUUUGAAGUGGGCCUGGACAUAGGAAGGCCAAGUUCCAACAGAUCUGAAUGGAAUGCAGCCAAAUCAACAAUUAAUGUUAAGCCUGGAAGACCCCUGCCACUUUGAUGUGUGAGUGCACCCACCAAUAAUGGCCCAUAGGAUACACAGUGGAAAUUCAACCGAGGAAGAUUUGUUCCUGUCUCCAGUCCAUGUCAACCUGCAGAGUCUCUCCUACAAACACAUUUGACUUUUACGGGGUAGAAGAUCGCAGUGAGUGUGCACAGCAUGAGGCUGGUGUGGAAAUCCCUGGACAAGAUGAGGUGCCUGAGGAAACGCUCCACCAUUCCCUUCCUCGGCUUCCUCAUCACCUUUCUCCUCUUUCUUAACCUCUACAUUGAAGAUGGCUAUGUGUUGGAAGAGGAUAAAAGGCAGCUUAGAGAAACAUCAGUCCACCCUCCAAGCUCAGAGCGAUAUGUUCACACCUUCAGAGACCUCACUAAUUUCUCUGGAACUAUUAAUGUCACAUAUCGUUAUCUGGCUGGGACCCCCCUGAACCGCAAGAAGUAUCUCACCAUUGGGUUGUCAUCUGUCAAAAGAAAAAGAGGGAAUUACCUCCUGGAGACCAUCAAAUCUAUCUUCGAUCAGUCCAGCUACGAGGAACUGAAAGAGAUUGUGGUCGUGGUCCACCUGGCAGACUUUGACCUGGCUUGGUGUGAGAACCUGGUGCAGGACAUCACCAGGAAGUUUGCUCAUCACAUCAUAGCCGGACGCCUGCUGGUGAUCCACGCUCCAGAGGAGUACUAUCCAUCUCUGGACGGCCUGAAAAGGAACUACAACGACCCAGAGGACAGGGUCCGUUUCCGCUCCAAGCAGAACGUGGACUACGCUUUCCUCCUCAAUUUCUGCACCAACCUCUCACAUUUCUACAUGAUGCUAGAAGAUGACGUGCGCUGCUCGAGGAAUUUCCUGACAGCGCUGAAGAAGGUGAUCACCUCCAGAGAAGGGUCCUACUGGGUGAUGCUGGAGUUCUCCAAGCUGGGCUACAUCGGGAAGCUGUACCACUCCAGAGACCUGCCGCGCCUGGCUCAUUUCCUCCUCAUGUUCUACCAGGAAAUGCCCUGCGACUGGCUCCUCAUUCACUUCAGAGGUCUGCUGGCCCAGAAGGACGUGAUCCGCUUCAAGCCCUCGCUCUUCCAGCACAUGGGCUACUACUCCUCAUACAAAGGAGCCGAGAACAAGCUAAAGGACGACGACUUCGAGGAAGACUCCAUCGACAUUCCCGACAACCCUCCUGCCAGCCUUUACACAAACAUCAACGUGUUUGAAAACUAUGACGCCACCAAGGCCUAUAGCAGCGUAGAUGAAUAUUUCUGGGGGAAGCCUCCUUCCACAGGAGAUUUCUUCAUCAUCGUCUUUAAUAAAUCAACUAAAAUCAGUAAAAUCAAGAUUGCAACAGGUUCUGAUGACCGGCAGAAUGACAUUCUUCACCACGGAGCUCUGGAAGUAGGAGAGAAACUAGUUGGAACUAAGAAAGGGAAACAGUGUUCAUCCUACAUCACGUUAGGGGAAUUUAAAAAUGGCAACAUUGAGGUUCAAGAUGUCGACCACAAGAUUGCCUUUGACAUUGAGUGUGUGCGCAUUGUGGUGACAGCCAGUCAGAAAGAGUGGCUCAUUAUUAGAAGUAUAAGUUUAUGGACUACACAGCCACCGAGCCAAUGAGGACUAUACAAAAAGACUUUCAGUAUCUCAUAGAGGAAAUGGUUUUUAUUAUUAUUUAUUAACUUAUGUAUUUCCAAGUUUAUUUAUUCAUUUUGUAUGUAUUUAUUGAUACUCAUUUUGAUUGCCAAAUCAAUCUAUAGUUUUUUAUACCUGCAAGUUGUAACCUUAGGUGAGCAUCAUGAAAAUCUUCCCAGUCACUCUUAAGGACUGUUUAACUGACCUCAGAGUAUUCAUGAAAGUAAGCUUUCAUAAUUGUUCCAUGGGCCUUUAUUUAUUUUGCAUUUUAAUAGCUAUCCUUAAUGACAAAUUUGUAAGUCAUUAGUGGAACACCCAAUUAGCCAAUCAUUUAUGAAUAUUUUUAUUAAAAUGCUCUCUUUAGAGAAUGAGCUCAACUUAGGGGUGGAGUCAAACUGCAUCUAUGAAACAAUGUACUACUCAUUUACUAAUUUAUACAUUCACUGUUUUAUUAAAUAUACACUGUUGGCUACCAGUAAUAGAUUAGUAAAUGUUAUGGAGGAUUUGUCAGUGAUGAACUACUAAUUAUUUAUCAGUGGCAAAAAGGAUAGCUAUUAUCAAGUGUAACUUAAGAUUUUUAGAAUCUAGUUGUUUUCAACAAUAACAUCCAAUUACCUUUCAUGACUAAUAAUAAGCUUGCAAAAGUGUAGCCCUGGGAUUUCUCUCUGAGAUUGUCCCCAUUUGGCCCUUAAUUAUUUUCAUCCUUGAAAACCCACCAGGAAAGUAUCAGAGGUCAUUGCUGCCUUGAAUAUUCAUCAUGUCACACCUAACUUUCUCAGCACCACUUUAAUAUUCUUCUUGGUCCUGGUUGAAGCGGAUCUGAGUGGGCUGAGCUCUUUCACUGGCACUGUAUGUUCUGUCAGGGCUGCUGACAGGAGAACAAUGUUUGUUUUCAGCCAUCUUCUCCAAGAGCUGAGAUUAGAUUGCACAGUGAAGAAUGGGCUAGGUCUGAUCUUAGGUCUCUUUUUUUUCCACCACAGCACAAUUUUCCCCAAGUAAAUUGGUCUGUGUUUGGCUCUCUCUCUACACCAGCAAAACAACAUCUCCCCUGGAGCUAUAGGAUCUCAAUUCGUUCUUUCCCCAAUGUUGAGUUCUCAGAACUCAAUGUUUCUGCUCCUACAUAGUUGCUUCUGUGUGAUCUUUGCUCUCGGUUCAUACAGUCGGGCUGCUGUUUUUGGGGAAAUGUGCUUGGCUUUUUCUUUGAAGUUCCUUCUCUAAUUCCCCACCUUGCUUUAUGUUGUUAAACAACUAACAUUUGCAAGAACUACACUGCACAUGUAAACCCGACGUCACCAUGCUUCUCAAAGCGACUCGGAGACAUGCUUGAAGAAUAACCUUGUCAUUUCCAUUCUCACGUAAUUAUGAUCUGUCGGCGGACAGUGCUCUUUGACAGAUUCAGUUCUUAACUGCAACACCAUCAACAAACCAUUCAACAAUGCAAUAAAGAGGUAAAUGUUUACAUAAUGCUGAUGUUCUGUGCGAACUAAAGGUGAAGGCAGAUCAUCAUUAAGCAUGCGGCGCCAGUUUUGUAACGCUUUGUUCCAUCCUUGCGAUAGCCACCUGUUCCAUGUUUUCCCACAAGGUCUUGUUCAGUGUCACAGAUCGAGACCUUUCGCAGAUUGGCUCACACCGCCAACGCAAACUCCUCAGCAAAAACCCCCCCAUGUAUUGUCUGAAAUAAAACGAGAACGCCCACAUCCUCACAAUAUGGCUCACUGUUUUCCUUAAGCAUUUCCCUUGGAAUGCUGCUAUUCAUUUUCGUGAAUGAUUCUGUGACUUGCAUGGAUCAACUCCUCGGAGGGGAUCGCGGUUGAAUGAUGUUGUUUGGAACAGUCGACAUUGUAGUGCGUGUGUGAUAUUCUUUAUGAUGCACACCACGGUGCCAAUUCAGCCUAGUAUUACCUGGUUAUGAGCUAUAAACACAUGAUGUCACCCUAGGGCAGUUAGUUGUUUUACAAGUGUAAUGGAUGGCUUUGAUACGCCCCAUGCCUAAGUAGAGCAACCCUAUUGUGAGGCUGAUAUUUCUAGAGGAGAAAUUGCUGUCUGAUCUUUGUUUGAAAAAAGAUGCCAGCCAAAACUAGCUGCACACUGCAGAUUUAUGGACAGAUUUACAUCUUGGGGAUAACAACAAAAGCUGCAUAAAUUCCUCAACUGGAUGUCAGCAAACUGCUGUGCACAGCAUUUUUUUGGUAUUGGCUGCCUGUUUUGAAACCACAAUCUAUAUUAGAGCGUUGAGUGAACAGUAUGCACAUAAUUGGUUACUUAUCCCACUGGAUACGUUAGGGAAAACUGGUCUCUGUCCCUUUUGAGUACUCUCAGCUAAUAAAUGGCCAUCUAUGAUGUAUUAAACACUAACUGCCUUGACAGAUCUCUGUGUGAAAAGGGCAGAGGUUUGUGAAUCGCUUGCAGACAGGUAACUGUCCAAGUUUAUAUUUAAUUAUAUCAUAUCACUGGCUGUGAGGCUGCGGUCCCCGAAACUCUGCGCAAGUGAUGAAUGUGAAUAUGAUCUGUGGGUCCUGGGUUAUUUGAAAUGUGAGCUGUCUUCCAGUGGAGCAUGUACAAAGUGCAUGAACAAAGCAUUUUCAGUGGAUAAAACAACUCCUUUUGUAUGUCAGGAUCUAUGACUUAUUGUUCUGCUUCUGCAAAUGAAAUUGUACCGGAUCUGUACGUAGAAGCCUACCAAUACUACCUUAAAACAGGUUGGAUUUCACAUGUGCUGUAUAUUGUUAAGUGGAGAGAGUGUGUUAAGAUGUUGUUUCCGUGUUGGCUUUUCUUUCCGUUGUUCUUUAAAUGGUUCUGUAUUGUAAGAUGACAUAUAUUUUUUUACAUGUAUCAUUUCAAAUGUUGUAUUGUAUAUAUUGUCUUUAAAAAUGAAAUUAGAUUAAACAACUGAAUGCCAACUCUGUGGAAAUAGCAUUGAUGGAUCGACACAAGAGAGCUCGAAAGCACAACAUAUUGAAUCUAUGUCUGUGGUAUCAGGGCCUGAGUAUUGGUUUUUGAUGCCUCGAGGAAAACUAAAACUAUUUACUUGACCCUGAAUCAAAUAUGUUGUCCCCAUGUCUUUGCCUGAACAUGUUUCGUUUCAAUAUUAAAAAUGUUUAUAAAUAAACGUAAAUCAUACAGUUGGGCUCCC